AUGGAUGGUCGUUGGACCUGCCGCGACAGGUCCCAAAACGCCGACUGCUUCCAGGUCAACGCCGCCAACAUGGGCCAGCUGCCCGCAGCUGUUACAGCAGCUCCUCGCCACACGUCACUAUCAACCACUGCUCAUGAUCAACUGGAGCAUUAUGCUCAGCAAGUUCAUUCGGGCAUCGCGGGAGAUGGAUCGCAGCUAGGGCCAUCUGUUGCUGACCGGACCAGUCAUCUGGACAGUUCUAUGCAUCUGACAGCCGCUGGCGGUCUGAACAACGACCCAAACUCUCUGUCCGGCCUUUCAACCUCGUUCCAAGGCAAUUUUGCAACUCCAGAGAGAUAUGAUGAACAUGAUCAGCAUCAGCAUCAGCAUCAGCAUCAGCAUCAGCACCAUGUCCCAUGCAACGCCAGCUCUCCCUCAGUGGGCUCCAUGGAGAAUCCAGAUGAGUCGGUGAAAGUAGACCAUGCGUCACCGGGCCAGACGGCUGCUGACAUUAUCAUGCGGGUUUACCCCUCGGUGAAGAUUGACAGCACCCUCUGCAAGAAGCUUGCCGGGGAAGCUGCGCGCAGAGAACCUACGCAGCGGCGGCGCGAGCAGAAGUUGAACAUUGAGAGGCGUAGCAACGUCGAGGCUUUGUUGGCUCACGUUACCGGCGAGAUUGCCUCCGAGCCAUGCAAAAACUGUCGUAAAGGCCAUGGGCCAUGGACUCAAUGUGUAGUGUACGAUGGCCAAAUGUGUGGAAGCUGCACCAACUGUUGGUUCAACGCCAGCGGUUCGAGAUGCACGUUUCGUGAGACCAAUAAUCCGCAUGCAGCGCUGUUUCCUCAACCCUUGCCGGCGACCGCGAGACAGUCGGUGACUAGUUUCCAGCAGCCUUCAGCCUUGCCACCAUCUGGACCCUCGAUCUUGGGACCGUUACAGGCAUAUCUCGCGCAAUGGAGCUUGGUUGACCCCGCUAGGCGUAUGGUGAGUCAUGCCUUGGCGGACAUGGUCAUGCUGUCAAAAAAUGAUUGGCACCUAGCUAGGAUUGAAGCCGCGGUCAAGGAAUUGGGCGUACGGAUUGCAGAAUACGACGAGUUUCUGCGGACGCCAGAAGGUCUGGUCGAACAACAAGCGGACCAUCAAGAACACAUGGUGAAUCACAAUCCGUCGGGCGACAUUUCCAUGAGUGAAAACUCUCCGGGAGGGGCUUUGGCGUGA